UCUUGCGCAGAAACGAUGAUGGGCGCGGAUGUCAUGUGGACUUGAUAAAUAAAAUAGCAGCUAAAUAUAUACGUCAAGGCACGCGGUACGGGCUGAACCAAUUUUAAUUUUCAUUGGAUACUAAAGUAUUAUAAGUUUAACUUGUGCUUAACAUAUCAAUAAAAAUAACUAAAUAAUAAAUAUUAUAAAAAAUAUAUAUGUAUUGCAUAAUAAUUGUAAAUUUGAAGAAUAAAUUAAUACAGUGUUGGGAUAAAAAAACAAGUCUGACAUUGAAAGGAUUUUACUACUUGUUUCAGUGAUAGUAACACACCCAAAUUAUAUCACAUUCAAUUUUUCGAUUUAUUAUAAAAAAAUUUAUCAAGUGCUUAAUUUGGCUUUUAAUAGAUUUUUUCUCUUGUCUUUUCUUCAUUUAUUUAAUGUCCAGUUUAAAUAAUGGAUACAAAGAAAUCCGAGACAUCACAGUCUUCGCCGCGAACGGAGAGACACUUCAUCAAUCGAGAUCCACAGGAUGAGGAGACAUCUGAUUGUCCACUUCUUACACCGAGUCCACCACCUGGCGAGACUCCAGAUCCCCUCAAAACAACAACAAUGUUUAAUCCACUUGAGGGUACUCCCCUUGAAAUGACACCCACACCAACCCUCAACAAUCUUAAUUCUGAAGACGGUCUCAAAGCUUUUAUGAGCAUUGUCAACAGCAACAAUAUCAAACUUACUAAUGACGAACCAAGUUCACGUGAUCCAAUGGUGGAAUCAAGCAGCAGUGAAGAUAGCACAACAAAAGAACCAGUUUGUACACAAUUAUUGACACAAUUGAAUACAGCAUAUCAACAUCUUGCUCCAGAUGCUCAAGCAAUUUUUUACAAUCAAGAUAAUGGAGGAAAAUUGGAUAAUGGAAUUCAAUUAGUCGUGCCAAAACCACCAAAAGAUUACAAAUUUUCAAAAUGGAAUUGGCCAAAAAUACGUCAAUCAUGUUUUAUAUUAACAGUCAGUUUUUUUAUAGCAAUAACGUUGACUGCUAUUAGAGGAAUAUUAACACUACCAACAAGAUGUGAAGCACAGACAGAAUGGUGGCAAGGAAAAAUAUUUUAUGAAAUAUUUCCAGCAUCAUUUCAAGAUUCUUUAAAAGGCAGUGAUGGAAUUGGUGAUAUACGUGGAAUUACAAUGAGAAUUGAUUAUUUAAAAAAUAUGGGAGUUAAAGCAAUUCGUUUAAAUUCAAUAUUUUCAUCAACUCAUUAUCCUGAACAAUAUGAAAAUAUAAAUAGUUUAACAAGAAUUUCUGAUAAUCUUGGAACAAUUGAAGAUUUUGAUAAUCUUGUUGAUUCAUUGCAUAAAAAUAAUAUGACUUUAAUAAUUGAUAUUCCAUCAUAUCCAUUUAUUGAAAGUUUUAAAAUUGGAAUUGAUAUGAAAAGAAAAAAAAAUUUUUUACUUAAUAAUAUUAUUGAUGAUGAUGAUGAAAAUUAUAUUAAUAAACGUAUUAAAAGACAAAAUAUAAAUGAUAAAAUGAAUAAAUUAUUAUCAUCUUUAUUUGAUAUUAAUGAGCCAAUGACAGAUAAAUUAAUUUCAUCAAAUUAUGUUGAUUCAGAUAGUCAUGAUAAUGAAUUAACAUCAGCACUUAAUUAUUGGGUUAAAAAAAAUGUUGAUGGUUUUUAUUUAAAAGGUCUUGAGGAAUAUGUUGAAGAUUCAGAAUUUGUUAAUUAUUUAAAUGAAUGGCGACAUACUGUUAAGAGACCAAAAAUUUUAAUGUGCCAUUGGAAAACUUAUCAGAUGGCUAAUGAUUUAGUUAAAUCAAGUAUUGUAAAAACAAUGGAUUUAUUAGAUGCAACAAUUGUCGUGUCAAAUGGAACAAGAGAUAUUAAAAGACAAAUUGAUCAAGUUAUUAAAAGUAGCUUGUUUAGCAUUGAUACAAUACGACCUUGGAUACAUUGGUCUGUUGGUGGUAUUGAUAUGAGUCGAAUGACAUCAACUCUUCAAGUUAAAAAUGCAACAUCAGCUGCGAUGAUUAUGGAAAUGAUGUUGCCAGGAACAUCCAAUAUUUUCUAUGGUGAUGAAAUUGGAAUGGUUGAUUGUGAAUGUGAAGAUCACAGAGAUCUACUUCAUGUACAUAAUUUACCACCAAUGUCUUGGGAUUUAAUUAAUAAUUCAGGUGAAAAAUUUUCAUCACAUGGUGUCAUGCCUUGGUUACCAAAUACUGGACAACCAGUUUUAACAAAUAUAAAAGAUGCAGUUAAAAAAAUGGCACAUUUACGACAAACAAUUUCAACGAUUGUCGUUGAUUCUGCUUUCAAGCAUGGUCAUUCUGUUGCCAAUUGUGAUGUUAGAUUUGCUGAUGAUGAAUUAAUUGUCAUUGAAAGAUCUUAUCCACGAUUAAAUACUUAUGUUAUGGUUGCUAAUUUUAGUAAUAGAACAAUAGCAAAAGAUUUUUCAUCACUUUAUUAUGAAGGACAUAUUGUUGUUGGUCCAGAAAUUAAAAUUAAUCAAAGUGUAUAUUUUAAAGAGCUAGCUAUUUUACCUGGUGAGGCAUUUGUUAUUAAACUAAAAAAAUGACAGCACAACGAUUUUCAUAAUGAUAUGAUUAAAAUUUGAUUGAGAGAGUUUAAAUAAUAUUUAAAUAAAAAAUUAUUUUGAUGAAAUUUAUGUAGAAAAUUUAUAAAAUAAUUUUUUACAAUUUUAUGUAAAAAUAAAUAGCAAUUUUUUUGCUCAAUAAGUCUAUCAAAAAUAAUAAUUUAAUAUAUUUUAAAUGUUAUUUUGUGUAAAAUAGCAUUUGCUCAAAAAAAAAAAUUUAGUUAAAAAAGCAAAAAAAGGAAAGUAGAAAAUUUUCCUUUCCGUCUCAUAUUUUGUACAAAUUUAUAGUAGACUCAGGUAAAUAUCAAAAGAGAAAAACAUCAUUUUUUUAUCAAUAAUUUGUUUAAUCAAUUUAACUAGUUGAAUAAAUUAAAUGUGUAGAUAAAAAUAAAUUUUUUAAUCUAUAAAUUGUAAUGAUUUUAUAGCAAUAAUUAUAAAAUAUUAAUUAAAUUGUUAAAAAAAAUUUCUCAUACAUGGUCAUGUUGAGAGUUUUAAGUAUAUAUACAAGUUCGAUUAGACCGAAUUUCGAAGUUUCUUUGAGCCGCACCGCGGAGCUACAAUCGAAGUUCUCGUAACUAAAAUAUAGCUCUGAGGAAGGUCCCUGGAUCUCUGACCGAAAGAGUCGUAGCAUGAACGCUAUUAGCCUCGGCCAUCAUCUCGUAAUGGGAUAGGAUGUCGUAAGACUGAUCCUCGAGAUGGGCAGAGUGAUUGGUCAAAGUAAAGUAAUGUGCAUAUAUUGGGUCGGUUCAUAGCCGAUAACUCAACAGGGCCUUUUUCAAGGAAACAUCUUUUUUUACAAUAUGAUAUGAUUUAUUUUUUUUCUUUUAAUAAAAAUGACCAUAAUUUUGUGUAAUUAUAUGUAACUAUAUGUAAAAAAAUAAUAAUUGAAAAAUUGUUGUCUAAUAUAAUAAUUGUAUAAAAAAUUAUUUUUUUUAUUAUUAUUUAAAAAAAUAAAUAAAUAUUAUGAAUUGACUACACCU